CGCAGAACACCAUGCCCCAGAACUCACGAGGAUAAUGGGCUGAUGACUCUGAUGACUCUGAUGACUCUGAUUGCGGCUAUUGCUUGUUCUUUGAAUAAGCCACCUCACUUCGAUGCGCGUUUCCUUCGAACCUGCACAGCACACAGGCACUUCACAUGUUGUGACAAUAAGCUGACAACAGCAGGACUACGGUGGUGGAGAUGACAACGAGGGAGAAGGUGAUAAAUCAACCACAGUAACGGUCACAACAACGUCUGUCAGCUCUUCUUCCCUUGAACCCGUUUCCACGACGCUUCCCUCUGAGCCAGCUCCCACAUGCUCCCCGAUCACAUCAACAACCACCAAAUACUCCAUCCUCACGCAAACGGCAACUUGCUCCCCCAUAUACUCCACCGCCUUCAUCACAUCGACCUCCACCCUCCGCACGACACUGUCGCAUACAGUCUUCUCUACAACGACGAAAUAUCUCACUGACUUCACUUGCACUUCUAGUUCGGUGAAGCCCACCACCAAAACCAUCUACUCGACUAAGAUUUCGACAAUUGUUUCGACAAUUGUUUCGACAACUGUCAGCUGGAAAUACACCACUAAGACGACUACCACGACCAAGACGAAGACGACUACCCUCUCGGGAAAGAAGACUACCGUUACCAGCUACAAACCCACCAAGACUAAGACGGUCUACAAGACUACCACAGUAAGGUACUACUGAGAUGGUGCGAUGUGAUGAGGAAGUUGGGGCAGCGACGAAUACGCGGAAGCGCAGCUGCCGACGACGUGGUUCAAAUGUUUCGAC